AUGAUAUAGGUUGAAACAACAACUGUAAUUGUGAAUUAUGAAGAUAUUAUAGAUUAAGGAAAUUUUGGAUCUCUUUUCAAAGGUAAAAUUAGUUAGGGUAAAUUUGUGGCUGUAAAAAUACAAAAAGACAUUUCAGAUUUUGAAAACUAGAUUUUAUCGGCAAUUAAAGGAAAACAAUUUGAUCAUUUAAUUGAAGUGAUUGCUUUUGAAAAAAAGGAGAAAGCUGCUUACACAAUUAUGGAACUUGGUGAAAAGUUUGAUUUAAGUAAAAUUUUGAAUAAAAAGAAUGCAUGCUUGCAAAUGGCAAAAGGUGUUUAAGAAUUACAUAAAUUAGGAUUUUUUCAUCGGGAUUUAAAACCUGGUAAUUUUGUAAUAGGGAAGGACAAUAAAAUCAAAUUGAUUGAUUUUGGGAUCUCAAAAAAAUUGAAGAGAAAUCCUAAACCCAAAUGCAAGGAACAUAUCAAUAUAUGGCUCCAGAAAUAUUAAAAACCUAAGUUUAUGACCAUUCGGUUGAUAUUUGGUCUUUGGGAUUGGUUUUUUAUGAGGUCUUCCUAGGGUGAAAUGAUUGAUGACCUAAUUUAAAUCAAGCAAAUAUAAAUCAAUGAAAAAUUAAGAGCAAAUAAAAUUUAGAAUAAUGGUAAUAAAAAUUACUAUAAUGAAAAAAAAUUAAAUAAGGAUGUGAAAAGAAUCAGUAUUGAUGAAGUAAUUCGUUAACUUGAAGAAGUAGAUGAGUUAAAUAAAUUAGAUGGUAAUUCAGGUUAUGCUAGUGAUGAUAAGUCUAUCCAUUUAUAGUAUUUAAAGCAGUAUAAUCCAAAUUAAUUUAAUUUAGGGGAAAAAACGAAAAACACUAUUGAGCAAAAUAAUAUUUAGAAAUGUAUAUAAAAAGCCAUUCAAGAAAAAAUUGUAGAAUAUGUUUAAUUGAAAUAAGGAUUAAAAUUAUCUAUAAAUCAAUUAGGUGCUAAAUUGAAUGGAGAAUUGUAAUAUUAUGAGUUAGGAGAAUAAAAGUACGAUUAUUAAUAUAAAAAAAUUAUUUUUAUUGGAGAAAAAGAUGUCGGGAAGACGAUAUUAAUAAAUUCAUUUGUUAAUUAUUUUUUUAGAAUUACAUUAGAUGAUAAUUUUAGAUUAAUUGUAGCAAAUUAAGAACCAACCACUAAAAUAUCUCAUUAUUAUCUUGGAUCUUAUUAAAGACAGUAUGGAAUUAAUUUAAUACAUACCUGGUACUUACGGAUAUAAUAAUGA